GUCUGCUGUAAAUGAUGAGGAUGAGAUGAGUGGCCUUCCAAAUAUUCAAAAAAAUUCAUCAAGAUUGAUAUGGAAUAUGGAGACAGGAUUUACUUCCAAUUUUUGGGUGAUACUUCAAAUCUUUUAUGCCCUUUCUUUUCAUGUUUUGCAGGUUGUCAACUAUUGGCCAGAAAAGGGAAUAUCUGGAUUUAUAGUAUAUAAAUUUCGACUUAGGAGACUUGAAGGGCAGUCUACAUUAACCACUAAUCAGGUUUAUUUCACUCAUGGUCGCAUACCUCAGUCACCUGCAGAAAUACGAGGGUUGGUAUGCGAGGAUAUCACUGGAGGUCUGGAACAUCCACCCAUUCCUGCUACGAAUUUGGUUGAUGACCCCCCUGUUCCACCCACAGGUUUCACAUAUUAUAAGUCCGUCAAGGUUGCAAAUAAUGUGACGGUUCCCAAAAAUGCUACUGGAUGCAAAUGCAAAGGCUUUUGUAUUGAUCCGACAACUUGUGAAUGUGCAUUGCUUAAUGGCUCAGAUUUUCCCUAUGUAUCUCGGGAUGGUGGCAGGUUAGUUGAAGCCAAAGAUGUAGUUUUUGAAUGUGGCCCCAAAUGUGGUUGUGGUCCUGGUUGUGUGAACCGAACUUCUGAAAGAGGACUUAGAUAUCGUCUGGAGGUUUUCCGUACUGCAAAGAAAGGAUGGGCCGUUAGAUCUUGGGAUUUUAUACCUUCUGGAGCCCCAGUUUCUGAGUACACAGGAAUACUUGCUAGGACGGAAGAUAUGGAAAGUGUAUUGGAAAACAAUUAUAUUUUUGACAUAGAUUGCUUGCAAACAAUCAAGGGGCUUGGUGGAAGAGAGAGGCGGUCAAAUAAUGUAGCAUUUCCUGCAAAUCUUUUGGACAAAUGCGAUGACCAAGGUUCUGAAAGUGUGCCAGAGUUUUGUAUUGAUGCAGGAUCUACUGGAAAUAUUGCUAGGUUUAUAAACCAUUGUUGCGAGCCUAAUCUAUUUGUUCAAUGUGUUUUGAGCACACACCAUGAUUUGAAAUCGGCUCGAGUAGCGUUGUUUGCUUCCGACAAUAUACCCCCUUUGCAGGAGCUGACAUAUGACUAUGGCCAUGCGCUUGAUAGUGUCUUUGACUCCAAUGGGAAGAUAAAGCAAAUGCCAUGCUACUGUGGAGCCCCAGGCUGCAGGAAGCGAUUGUUCUAAGUGUGUUACUUGGUCCUUUUUUAUGAAUGUUGUAUGGGUGUUGUACGUGGUCUUUUUGCAAAACUAGAGGUCGUAUUUUUCCUAAAACUUUCGCUCAAAUCCAUACAUGAUUGAUUUGUUGUAUCUGUAAAUGAUACCAAAAAUGACAAUGUAAUUUUUGAUGCAAGUCCAAAAGGAUGAAAUAGAUUUUUUUUUUUGUUUGUUU